GCCACAACGUUAUAGAAAUGUGUGAGAACGUGGACAAUUUGUGUCAGAAACAGGGAACAUGCGAACGGCAAUACAUGCGGAUGCUACAAAGUUUGAAUAUCAAGGCAACACAUAGGACCGAAGAAGAUGCAGGCAUUGAGAAUUAA